UUCUUCUAUUGUUAAAGCAGAGGAGAUAUCAGAUAUAUCUAAUGCUUUUAUUGUCAAUCAUAAGACUGCUGAAUUAUUGGAGAAUAAACCAAAGAAGACUUUAGAAGAGAUGCACUCUUUAGACCAGCAUCAUAUUGUGAAUUGCUAUGGAAUUUCAUCUGAAUUACUAACUGAAGACUUCAUCUCAAAAUAUGGGAAUUACAAUCACAUGAAAUGCUUUAGAGCUUAUAGGCAACUACUAGAUACUG